GAUUGGACGACGUCGAACGGCGCGAGCGAGACGUGUUCUUCCGAAGAACGCGGGGAAGAACUUCUUCGAGCGCAGCUCCGUGACCAGACCGGGCCGUAGACUGACCGCGACCCGACAGCGAUCGACCUCAGGGACACUACAUUCCCGUCUGUUACCACAGUACGAGGAGCCGGAGCCCUCACGAUGGCGCCCACAAGGGAAAAUGCCUUUGAGUGCGCGAUGUGCGACAUGAAGUGGCCGAACAGAUCUGCUCUUCAAACGCACGAGCGCAUCCACACCGGAGAAAAGCCGUUCGAGUGUCCAGAGUGCCACAAGACGUUUGCGCAGGGGGGUGUUCUGCGUAGACACAUCCGAAUCCACACAGGGGAAAAGCCUUUCGAGUGCGCAGUGUGCAGCAAGAACUUUCGGCAGAAACCUGCGUUGGAAUCUCAUCUACGUACCCACCACGCCGGGGAUAAGGUUAGGCCAUUUGAGUGCACAGUGUGCCACAUGACGUUUGCGGUAAAAUCGAUUCUUCAACAGCAUGAGCGCACCCACACCGGAGAAAAGCCGUUCGAGUGCCUCGUCUGCCACAAGUCGUUUUCACAGACGAGUAUUCUCACUAGACAUCUUCGAGUCCACACAGGAGAAAAGCCUUUCAAGUGCGAAGUGUGCGGCAAGAACUUUAGUGAUAAAUCUGGGUGGGAAUAUCAUGUCCGCACUCACACCGGGGAAAAGCCUUUCGAGUGUACAGUGUGCCACAAGACGUUUGCACGCAGAGGUUAUUUGGCCGGACACGUCCGCAUCCACACAGGCGAAAAACCUUUCGAGUGCGUAGUGUGCGGCAAGAACUUUAGAACGAGACCUGUGCUGGUUACUCAUUUCCGUACUCACACCGGGGUGAAGCCAUUCGAGUGCAACUUUUGUGACAAGCAAUUCUCACAAAAGAGCAACCUGCAAACGCAUCUGCGAAUGCACACGGGAGAAAAGCCAUACGAGUGCACUGUAUGCAAUAAGAAAUUUGCAGACGGUUCAAAGCUGCCAGGUCAUUUACGUUCCCAUACAGGGGAGAAGCCCUUCGAGUGUGCUUUAUGCAACAAGAAAUUUGGAACCGAUGAAAACUUGCGUCGCCAUCUGCGCAUCCACACGGGGGAGAAGACAAUAGAGUGUGCCGAGUGCAACAAGAAAUUUUACCGUAGAACAGAGUGGCGUACACAUAUCCGAAUCCACACAGGAGAGAAGCCAUACCAGUGUACAGCAUGCAACCAAAAGUUUUCAUGCCCUUCAGGUCUGCGAGAACACACCAAAACCCACACUGGAGAAAAGCCGCACGAGUGCCACGUGUGCCACAAGUCGUUUGCACAGGCAGGUGUUCUGACUUCACACCUCCGUGUCCACACUGGGGAGAGGCCCUUCGAAUGCACGGUCUGCCACAAGGAAUUUUCCCAGUCCGGCAGUCUGCGCGCACACCUCAAAAUCCAUACAGGAGAAACUGGAGAAAGGGAGUUUCAGUGUACGGUAUGCAACGUGAAGUUUCCGACCGCUGGCAAACUACAAAGGCAUGUUCGAAUUCACACCGGAUGAAGGCCAGCACAAGAAAGAAGCCACUGGAGUGCACUUAGUGCGGAGAGCAAUUUUCCGAAAGGAAAGUCUAGUUGUUCACAUUUGAAGCCACUUAUAGAUUUACUACCCGUUUGUGCUCUGUAUUGGGUGUUCUGAAACACGGACAUGUGCAAUGUAAUGUGUGGUAUUUUGUGUUGUAGACGGCAAUAAUUU